GAAAGAUAUACGCUCUUUUAAAUGUUUUAUUAAUGCUAACAAAAGUGUUCAAUUUAAUUGCUGUAAUUUACAUGAAUUACUUUAUCUAUUUAGUAAGCCAAGUUUUACUUCCCUUACGCAGUUAUUUUUGGCAGAUACAGUCGGUUGUAUUUAUGGACAGCCUUCAGAGUGCAUUUAAUGUUGUAUUAAUUCAAACUCGACGUACACACACACUAUUUACACACACAGAGACACAUUUAGACUAGAGCGAGAGCGAGCUCAAACGCAGUCAACUGGACGCAGUUGUGGUGGUGGACGCCAAGGACGCCUUAUGCAAUUUCAAAUUCAAGAGCACGCAAUUUGUGGUGCAAUGCUAACGACUUUGUCCGUACAUACAUAUGUGUGAACAUGCGGCGUAUGAGCAAUAUCACAUCCGCUUUGCCAGUGUCGAUGUUAAGCAUACGCACCAUGUGCCGCUCUCACCGAACGGGGUGAAAGUGCGCAGUGCACUGACUGCCUUGAACAACGAUAUUAGCACGGAGAACAGGAGAGAGAGAGACACGUUGGCCUCCAUUAGACAUUGCCGGCUUUCAAUUGCAGGCUGCAAUUAGCACAGUGAGAGGGCAUAGUGAGAGAGUGAGAGCGUCAUGCUCGCUCUCCGUUGCACUUGCUGUCGAUGUGUGAGUGCAUUCGCAUUCGCAUUCGCUUUGGCAAAUCGAGCUGGCGUUCUGCCUCAGUUGUCGUUGUGCAGCGCGUCGCGAGGUUUGUCUGUCGGUGAAGCAUUCGCAACAAAAUGCAACAACAACAAAAUUAAAAUUAACACUUUUAUUUUGCAAUUCGGUGCAAAAUCAAUCGCAGCAUAAGCACAAAAUAUUAUACAAUAAUUAAACAAAUAAUACAACAUACAUAAAUAUUUGCGCUCUGUGCCCAAUUCAAGAUAUCUGGCGCAAUGUCGCAAAAAUGCAGUCAGGGCACAAACUGAUUUAUUGUUUGGGGCCACCGCAACAGCAACUUCAAUCAAUCUUCAGUUGGCCAGCGAAGCGCAAUGGCCACAACGACUGCACAAAGGACAACAGCAGCAGGAGGACUGACCAAUGGCGCCAUCCUUCAGCCGCUGGCCGGCAUCAAUCCGUAUGAGGAGGACAUUGAACAUUUGCGACAACUGCUGAGUGUACGCAAUGUGGUGACCUUUGACAUUGGACGCAUCGCAUGCAGCGCGGGCAGCAGCAGCGGCGACAAUUACAUGUCCUUGGUGAAGCGAGUGACAAUUUACGAUGUGGCUGCUGCUGGCAGCGAGGCAGAUGGCGCCAACGAUGGCGAAAUGAUGUCUGGCGCAUUCCCUGGCAGCUGGUCGGUCAUCAUCAAGCGACAGAUUGCGAGUCUCUCGCGUCGACAGCUGUAUCGCUGCGAAGAGGCAUUCACCAAUGAGAUUCAGAUGUACCAGCAUGUGGUGCCGCUGCUCUGCCGCUACAGCCGUCAGCCCAUGUUUCCUCAGUGUCAUCUCGCCGACAAGAACGACGGAAGCUCCAGUGGCGAGGCCAUCAUUGUGUUGCAGGAUCUGAAGGCGCUGGGAUUUCGCAUGCAGAAUCGCCUGGCUGGACUGGAGCUACGACAAUGUUUAUUGGUCAUGAAGAAACUGGCGCAAUUGCAUGCAGCUUCGAUAGCUGCUCAGCAGCUGGAGGCGGCUCAAUUUGCCCAGAAGUGCGCACAGAUGAAGGAGAUUGUAUACUGUCCCGAGGCAGCGGACUUUUACUCGCGCAUCUUGGACACAUCAGUGCAACAGGCGCUGGACAGUCUGAAUGGCUCCAAUACGGAUGGGCAACUAUCGGUGGCCAUUCGCCUCAUUGAGCAACUGCAACCGACGCUCUUUGCCCAGCUGCAGCAUAGCAUCAAUGCGGCAGCAGCCACUCCAUUUAGUGUGAUCUGUCAUGGUGACUUAUGGCUCAACAAUUUGAUGUUUCGUGCACAAACCGAAGAGGUCAUCUUCUUUGAUCUGCAGGCCAUGAGACGCAGCUCACCGGUCUUCGAUAUACUGCAUUUCAUCUACACUAGCACACGCCGACAACUCCGUGACAUCCACACGGAUACCUUGCUGGCUGCCUAUGCAGAGGCGUUGCACAUGGAGCUUGCUCACCAGCUGCGCCAGACGCCGUCUGCCAAGCAACUGCCGGAAUUGUACGACGUCUUUUCGCUGCAGCGACUUAGCGAGGAGUAUGUGCGUCAUGUGCACUAUGGACUGGCCAUCUCCAUGUGGAUACUCCCGGCGGUGACGUUCGAUGCAAACAAUAUACCCGAUUUAGAUGAGAUCAGUGAACAGAAUCUAACAGGCAAGGAGAUUAACUGUACCCAGAAGUUGACGCCAGAGUAUCAUGUGCGCAUCAGGGAAUUGGCGCUGGAGUUCUACGAGCAUGGCUAUCUGGGAUAAAAUUAUGUAGUAUUUGUAUUUAUAUAACCAUAGCACAUAAGUUUGUUUGCUUGUUAAUAAAUUUAAGUAAUAACUGAUUCCGUUAGUUACCCUGUAAGCAGCACAACUUCAUUAAUUUCGCAUAGCUAUUGCAGCACUUGUGGCUUCCUUUAUUACCAAUAAUUCCUCACUAUUGUAACUUAAACAGAAUUUUGUUAUCAAAUGUUUAUGGUAUUUUGUUUCUUUUGUGGUGUUUGUUGGGUUGAUGGUAAUUAUACUAACAAAAAGCCGGAGUCUAAAAGAAAA